AUGUCCUGCCAGCAGAACCAGCAGCAGUGCCAGGCCCCUCCCAAGUGCCCCUCACCCAAGUGCCCUCCGAAAAGCCCCAAACAGUGUCGACCUGCAGCUUCCUCCUGCCAUGCUACCAGUUCCAGCGGCUGCGGUGGCCCCAGCUCAGAGGGCGGCUGCUGCCUGGGCCACAGGCGCCGCAGGUCCCACCGAUGCCGGCGUCGGAGCUCCAGCUCCUGUGACCGUGGCAGUGGUCAGCAGUCUGGGGGCUCUGGCUGUGGCCACAGCUCUGGGGGCUACUGCUGA